UGUAGCAACAGGGGAAUACAGAAAUUCACUUAAGGAGUCGCGUUCUUCAUCCGGUAGGUUUAAGAGGGUCAUGUUCCAAUGAAGCUAGAUAGAGGCUAGCAUCAUGAUGUACGAAAAUUUUCGCCAUACUCACGGGAGUGGAUCAGGAGCUGGUCCAGUGGAAGGUGCAAGACAGGCUAAAAGAGUCGUGACUCCUGUUUCCAAGAAUCACCAUGAUCGUAAUGGAAAUCUUGACUCAACUGCUCCAUCAAAAAGUGAACGCUUGAAUUCCCCAAACACAGCAAGCUGGGAACCUGAUGUGCGUAUGCUCCUUUCUACAUCACAGUGGCUCAAGAUUCAUGGCCUCAAAAGACACAAACUUGACAUGGGACAAAUAUUGCCUUCCAUUGGAUUUAGGCAUUCAGAUGAUUAUGUGAGGCCUCUUAAAAAACCAGUCCGUGCAAGAUAUUGUAAGGGGCUGUUUACCCAGGUUCCCUUUAGAGAUGGCUCAGUGUACAAUCUUGUUGCCAGCAAGGAGAAACUGCGCAUGAUAGAGAGUCAACUUAAGCAAGCUAUAUCACUUUACAAGCGAAGACUUGAGUGGUUAACAACUGAGAGUCGGAGGGUUUUUGGAGUUAUCGAAGAGCGUUGCAUCUGCAUUGUGUUGGACGUGAAUACUACAAGUGAAUCUGAAUUCAGUACUUACCUUCAUGGUCUAGUACAAUUGCUAAAAGAACAGGUCAUGUUUAUUGCAAAGUUUAACCUUAUCAGGUGUGCAAUGGAUUCAGAUUGCUGGCAAGAGCAUGCUGUAAAUGUUACUCUUGACAGCAUGGAAGGAGCUCUUAAUUGGCUCUGGGACCUGAAGACAACAGUUCCGCGCUCAGCAACUUGCACAGUAGAAGGGAUCCUCAAAGGACUGGCUGAUCAACAUAUUGAAGCUGUGUAUCUUUUUACUGAGGGGAGUGCUUCAAGUGGAUCACAGGAAAUGCUCAAGAGAAAGAUACAAGGGAGUCGUGUACCUAUUCAUGUUGUGUCUUUUAACUGCAAUGAUCCUGGAACUGUGACAUUUCUGAAGGACAUAUCCAGAAUAACCAAAGGAAGGUUCCAUGCUUAUUCAGUCAUUAAUGAGUAUGAAGAUAGCUUUGACAGCUUUACCAAGUCCAUUGAAGCUGACAGCACCGAGCAGCCCCAAGGGCGUGGCAGAGGUGAUGGCAUGCCUUCCUUGAAGCUUGGUGUGGGUGUCAGGGAAGAUGUGAUCACUUUAUGGGAAGAGUUGGAUGAAGCAAGGAACACUUUGGCAGAGAUUCAAGCUCUGCUGUGUGAAAUUAAAGAUCCAAAAGAAACACCAGUGUCUACGUCUCCUAGCACUGCCCCUGACAAGACUCAAGAUAGAAUUACUAGCUUAGGCCACACUAAAGCAAAGAGUGAAAUGUACAUGAGCUCUCGAGACUGGCUAAAGCGACAUGGUUUGAAGUCGAAAAAACUGUUAUUCUAUGACUUGCUACAGAGCCUGGCUUUUAAACACUGCGAUGGAGUCGUGGACAUCCAGACAGCACCAGUUUCUUUAGACAGUACUGACGCUAUUGUUCGUCCUAAAUUAGUCAAUGCGCGUUACUGUGAUAAGUUUGCGCAUGUGCGAUGGAAAGAUGGGUCCAUAAUGCACGUGCACGUCAGUGGACCAAUACACAGAAAUUACGAACAGAGGAUCUUGUCGGCUUUGGAUUCAUAUAGAAAGAGGAUGGAGUGGUUACAACAAGGAAGCAGAGAACUAUUUGGCACGAUAAUCGAAGACCAGGUAGCUGUGUUGAUAGACACCUCUGCAUCCAUGGCCUCAAGAUUGUUUCUUGUGAAGGACAAACUUUACAGACUCAUGCAGGAACAGUUACGUCAUAAGCUGAAGUUCAACCUGGUGAAAUAUGACACAAGAGUCCAAGCUUGGAGAGAUCGAUUGGUUGACUGUAACACACAUAACCUGGACAACGCAUGGCAAUGGGUAAAAGGUCUCAGCACUGGUGGUUCCACAAACACGCUAGCAGCUCUCAAACUGGCCCUCGCUGAUCCUCAGUGUCACGCAAUCUACUUGCUCACGGAUGGACGCCCAGACCAGCCCCCUUCUUCUAUCCUGGCCCAAGUACAGUUGUUGAACCCAGUCCCCAUUCACGCCAUCUCCUUCAACUGUGCGGACACGGAAGCAAAUCAGUUUCUCUGUCAGUUGGCCGCAGAAACUGGAGGCAGAUUUCACUAUUUCUCUGAAGAUGGAUACGAUACAGAUGGUCCAAGGCCAUUCGAAAGCGAAGACCUGAGACUUUUGAGGGAAGAGAUCGAGAAAGGUUUGGGAGAUUUGCGCAAAGUUACCUUGAUCAGAAAUGAAUGUGCGCAGCUCGACUGGUUUGGAUCCAACACCGGGCGCUGCUCAAAGAGCCAUCCAAGAUCCGUCAGUGCAUCCUCGCACAGGCCAUUCUCAGCCAAACACACCAUGACACCCUCCCCACCCGGCUCGGAACGCUCUGCUAGUGCCAGAAUCCGGCCAGCAUCUGCCAGGCCUCGACCGGCUAGUGCUAGACCCCGCCCAACCAGUGCACGGAUAACGUACAGCAGUCACAAAGACUACCUCGUCAACACUGCAUGCCGGGAUAUUCCGCGGUCUCCUUCCCAAUCCUCCGUUAGUCGUAAGGUGGGAGAGACGAAGACCAGUCAGCUAAGACUGGGCCUGAGGAAGAAAACAGCGGAUUCUUGGAUGCUGGAAGAGUCAAGACAGUACCUUGGCAGGAAACCUGAAGAUUUUAAACAACCUAAACGAAAGAUCAAGAAGAAGAAAAAUGGCUCAAACGGAGAUGAAAACGACGAGGAAUUAAAAGAGAAAAGUUCUAGAUGGCUUAAGAAACAUGGAUUGGUAGCCAGACGGCUUACUAUUCUGGACGCUCUCGCCCCUACGCUGAUUCCUCACAGUACCAAGUAUGUUCCGAUAUUGGACAAACAUGUCCUCUCCAAGGUUUUUGACCAGGUUCUUCCAUUAGCCCACACCUCGGGGAGCAAUCGCGAUGAGGUACAACUGGUCAACCCACAAGGAGUGAAUCUUAAGGCGUACGAGGCUCGGUUAGAAAAAGCCAUCGAAGACUACAAAAGGCGUCUCGAUGAGAAGGUGUUCGUCAACCUCAGCGAUGAAGAAAGAAUGAAGUAUCCCGAAGACAGGAUCCCCUCAUUCCUAGACAACAAGCAAUCCAUAUUGGAUGACCUGGAGAGACAAGGGUGGCCAUUAGACCCGGAAGAUAUUACUUUGUUGGAGAGAGAAAUCGAACAAGCUCAGACAUACCUCCUACAGUCCAAAGACCUGCGGCAAAAAUCUGAACAGGCGUCCCGUGAAAUUGCAGAACAGCAAAGGAAAGCUCGCGAGGAGGCUGAGAACAAGAGAAUUGAACAAAUCAUGUCAAAGCCUGCCAAAACUUCUCCUUCUCCGUCCCAGUCCUACUCCAACAAGAACCGCCUUCUUAACCACAAGGUCCUGGCGCGAAGCGAGGUGGAUGGCUUUUACUACGCAGGCGUGGUUACCCGCUGUUUAAACCCUCGUUAUGUCGAGGUUGACUUCCGGGACUUUGACCGGCAAGUGGUGUCGUCCAGAUACGUGAUCACCGUGCAAGGAGCUCGACCAUGUCCCUCCCUCAAGGUGGGUGACUACGUGCUCGUUAAGACGCUUGUUCCACGUGAAGAAGAGGAUGACGAGAUUAAUGAUGGUGUGCAGUGCUAUGUACCAGGAAUCGUUCAAGUCGUUCCUCUCAGAAAAGCCCCAGCCACCAAGUGCUACACAAUACUGCGAUAUAACGGGAAAAAGAUCACCUCUCUGAGAAAUGACCUGGUGAAGAUCUCUAAAGCGCGCUACACUUUCGCUUGUCGUUAUAUCCGUGACGCUUUGCUGACUGCUUAUCGAUCAACGACCCCUUUUGCCAUGUAUCUGAGAGAGGGCGAAGACGAUGCUGGCGUAGAAGACAAAAAUAAGGAGAGUGGCGAAGAAUCCCCUCGCAGUCAGGCAAGCAGCCGAAAAAGUAGCCGCUCAGGCAGGAGUAGUAGGGCCAGCAGUCGUGGCAGCAGUCGUAAGGAUGGCAGUAGAAGCCGCAGUCCUAGUCCCGGAGGAAGCGCCGAAGGCAGUCCUCCACCCUCCUCCAAAGAGGCGACACCCCGCAGGUCAUCUGGGGACAGGAAACCUUUUGAGGAGCUGAAACAAGAGCUCGAAGAGGAACACAAAAGGCAGCUGGCUGAGGUGGAGAGGAAGAUGGAGGAUUUGCAAAAGCAGCUAGAAAGGGAAAGAGAACGGCGCGAAAAGGCGGCAGAAGAGCUGAACGAGAAACGACGGGAACUAGAUGACGAGCAACGAAAACUCUUACAGCAGCAGAUUGAUGAUCAGAAUAACAGACAAAAAGAGAUCCAAGAGGAACAAAAGCGACUUCAAAAUCAACAGAAUGACCUUUUAAAGAAGCAAAAAGACCAGCAAGAACAAUUACUCAUGCAACAAUUCAACCAGACACAGCAACUUCAACUACAGCAACAGCAACUCCUACAACAACUAGCAAACAAUCUUCCAUCUGAAACUCGGUCCGAGCGACCCCGGGUGAAACUUCCCGACAUACCACCAGUCUCUCCUCCCAGGUCUCGCUCUAUUUCUCCGCCUAGUCCAUCAUCGGCUCACUCAUCCCCACGCUCCACUCCUAGAGGAUCAACCAAAGAGUCAGGCAAGGCUUCAUCUAAAGGCUCGCGCUCUCGCAGUUCAGGUAAAAAGUCCACGAAGUCGUCUUCUCCACGUUCACCCGUCGCCUCGCCUCGGCCUCAGUCCUCAAGGAGGUCUUCGAGUCAUAGUCUUCCUCCAGGAACAGAAGACGACCGUGAUGGAGAUAAAGAAGAAAGUAAAGAAGGCGACAAGAAAUCCAACAGCAGCGAGAAACGAAAAUCUUCGUCAUCUUCGUCCUCUUUAUCCUCGUCUUCAUCCUCUUCCUCGUCACCACCUGUAUCAGAUGAUGAGCAAGAGGCCGAACCAGCUCCUCUCCCUGCUGGCAGUGAAUCAGAGCCUCCUUCAGUCCAGAUUCACGUAUCCAAUGGCAACGAAGCAUGUCUGAUGACAAAAGGAUCUCAUGGACUCUUGAUAUCUCGCCUUCCUCCGGACGAGGAUCCCGCGGUUGAAACUGGACGUGUUCGAAGACCCGUCCAGGUGGGAGAAGAAGUAUUAGCACGCUGGUCUGACGAAGGGUGGUACUACAGAGGCACCAUUCGCCAAGACUGUGGAGACGGUAGUUACUAUGUAGAAGACAGCGUGGGAGACUUGGAACAGAUUUACCGUCCAGACAUCAUUUCAGAAGCUGAUGAUGCUGAUAACGAAAUUGAUGUACAUGAUCCUGUAGUUGCCCUCCAUCCUUCAUUUCCUUACAGUUACGCGCCAGGCACUGUUUUGCAAAAGGACGAGUAUGGGUUAUGCGUACGGCAUUAUGAUGGUAUAGAAAGCGUUGUCCCACGCGAGGACACGUAUCUUCUCACUCCAGAGAAGUUUGAGAGCGAUUGUAGUUACAUCCUGCAGUGUGAAGAAAGUUUGGUCGGCCAGGCUGUGGUGGCAAGGAACGACCAGGAUGGAAUGUUCCAUCUGGGGACUGUGCGUGAACGUGUUGGCAAUGGCCGCCAGUACAUCAUCGAGUGGGCUGAUCAAACAGUUCAGUUACAGAGUUCUGGUUACAUUUUUGGAGCCCACACGAAACGCCGCCCGCUUAACAUAGGUGAUCGUGUACUCGCACUCUCAGAUCCAGCUCUGUUUGUUUACUUACCUGGUUGGAUCGCUGGUACAAAUGGCCGUAGGCUGGUAAUUAAGUUCUGCAAUGGGAAAAGUUCAAGUCACGUGGACCCCCAGCAGUGCUUUUGGUUGUCACGCGACUACUAUGACCGUAUGGUGGAAAACUUUAAGAAAAAGAGCAAAGAAAACGAGAGAUGACGUAAUAUUCCUGUGUCGUGGUCAAUACGCAAGCUUUUAUUGGCUUGUUUUUCCCCAAAGAACUGUUUAAUAAAUUUUGGCCAAGCUGUAAAUAAUUACUUUAUCAAUGCAGUUACGUGUACAUGUGUUUUUUAAUUAUUAUUUUCAUUCGCACUCUUCAGAUUCCAAAUCUGUGUUGUACAUAUGGAUAAAUCAGUGCAAUAAUUUGAUCUUUGUGAGAAGCGUCUCUUCAAUAAAUGAGAUUAAGAGAUACGUGAAAA